AUAUGACUUCCUCCUCCAGUUGUGACUGCUCGUUUACUUUAGCUAGCUGACAGACACAUCAGGGCGGACAGAUAACCAUGUCUGGUCCAAGUGGGAAAAAGAGACUUGGCUCUCGUCGGAAGGUGGGAAAACGUGUUGAAAUGCCAGAGGAUUUGAGUGUAGCAGAUCUGUCACCUGUAGUACAACCAGAAGAGAGUGCUGAAACCUUCAGUGUGUUGUCUAAUGAAGGCCAAACCCCUUUGGAAACUCAUUGGAUACUUUCAUCAGAGCAGAAAUCAAGCAGAAGAAAGCUUGGCUCAAGCAGGCAAAGUAAAAGACACAAUGCUGAGGAGUCGUCUGUUGAACCAUACCACAAACCUACAGAGGAAGUUGAGCAAAAUGUCAGUGCAGAAAAACUCCAAACACAAAUGACACCAGCAGCACAAGCAGUUACACAAAGAGAGUUUAGUGAGCUAGACUAUGAUUAUGAUUCAAUUUAUGGAACACAUUUGUAUUCAGCCUACACACCUGGUCAUGCUUUGGAGCCUUUGAAUCCCAGCUAUCUGGAUGCUGAAGUGGAGAUACAUCAACCCGUAAGUGAAAAAUUGCAUUUGGAUCAAGAUGAUGGAGAAAGUGACUGUAAGCGGGUUAUUGGUUUCUAUAAACAAGUGGAAAACACGUGCAGACAUUGGCAAGUUAAGGAAGAACUACAUGAUCAAUCAGAGUUCACAAUGGCAGUGCAGCAUAUUUCUAUGGAUGCAGAAAGGGAAGAUAUAAAUGAAGACCCGCCACAGGCGCCUGAAUCUUUACAGGAUGACCUUUUUAAUGUCAAAUCAAAGGAAAUACAUUUUCUGGGCUAUCCAGAGAGAUCCCCUGAAAAAAACAGCUACUUUGAAAAUGCUGAGAUUAAAAACAAUGUUGAGCAAGUGAACUCCUCACCAUUUGGGGAACUGCCUACAAAUGAGGAACAUGGGCCUUUUCACUGUUCACAAGUCAGAAGUGCUCAGGUUCCAAACCAAUUUGAAAUAAAAGAAAUGAAGUCAUCCAAAUCUGACCAAGUGAGUUACACUGAAAUUGUGAAACCUGAAAAUAAGGAAGAUAGCCAAGAAUGUCCUGGAAAUUUGACAGAAGAAACUGUGGGAGCGCAUCAAGUUGAGUUGAGUGUAAAAAGCCCAACUGAUUCAGGUUUAAAUCUACAUGACAAAUGGGAAGCACAGUUUUGGAAAGAAGACACAGAGGUGUUGUACCAGAAAGAUCAUCGUCAGGCACCUGAUACCAACGAGGCAUGGAUCAAUGUAGAAAAAAUCGAAUCUUCACCUUUUCAGGAAAAUUACAUCGACGACCAAGUAAAGGCCGAACGGGAACAGAGUGCUAAUGGAAUCUUGAGUACAAAUUUGGAUGGGGAUUUGUUUGCACAAAGUGUACAACCAGAGAAUAUUGUUGUCUUUGAAUCCCAAAGUAAGGACAACAAUGCAUGUACAGAUGUGAAGAGAGACUUCUUCAGCCCAGCUAGGAACAGGCGAAAACUGGGGUCUCGUCGCCGGAACAAAGGAAGCCGUGAAAUGGUCUAUGCUGCUGAGACAUGCAGUGAUGAUGAUGAUGAUGAUGCUGCUGCAAAGAAAAGCCAUGACGGUAAUGAUCCCUCUAAAAUGAAAGAUGUGACAUGUACAAUAGAAGCAGCUGAGAAGGAAACAAUACAGCUGAAAGUAAUGGACAAUUUAGAGACUCUUAGAGGAAAAAUCCAUUCAAACACAACUGUACCCCAACUGCUAACUGAGCAAUCAAAUUACAGGAAGAUUCCAGACAAGGACAAACUUACCAUUGUUAACUCCAAAACAAAAGCAGGGGAGCCAAAUGAAACUUUUUUGCAACAGAAUGAAAAUGUAAAUCUUGAUUAUUCAGUGAGUCAACUACUACAUGUGUCUACUGCUACACAGGCGAUAACCACAUCUAACAGCAGCCUUAAUAAAGAUGCAGAAAUUGAGUACAGUGUAGCGAUACCCACAAUUUCUUCACCAAAAGUGGGAACAUCCACAGAUAAACACCGUGAGAACUUUAGCUUUUCUCAAGUCAGAGUAGCUCAACAUCAAGACAAGGAAUUAAUUAAGGAGGUUAAGUUAUUAGAAACGGACCAUAUAAAAGACAGGGAAAUCUUGAUAGAUGAACCUACAGGUGAUGUUGAUACAAAUAUUGAAAACCUUGUCAAUGAAAUUGUGGAAACAUGCAUGCCUCACUUAAGUGCAAAAAGCUUUCUUGAUUCCGGGUUAAAUCCCCAGGACAACCAUAAGGAGCACCCUAUGAACGAGCACACCAUGAAGGUUUCAGAACGGAGAGAUCAAAAGGCUUAUGCAUCUAAUACCAUGGAGACAUGGAUCAACACAGAAAAAACAGACCCCACACAACGUCGGGAACAUGACAUUGAAGCGCAAGAGAUGUCUGAUGUGGUGCGGAGUGCAAAAGGAAUCUUAAGUGGAAUGGCGGAGAGUCAACUGUCUUCACCAAGUGAGCAACCAGAAGAAAGUUUUGUCUUUGACUCCCAAAGCGAGUGCAACACCGCCAGCGCAGAUGAGCAAAGAGAGUCAUUGAGAAGCCAGGUAAAAGUAUUUGCCUCUGAAAAGUGCAGUGACUUUAGGGAUGAUGCUACUAGAAACACAAGUGAUGAUGAUGAUGAUGAUAAUCAUCCCGCAAAAAUUAAAGAAGUGACCUUUAAAAUGGAAACAGCUGAGAUGGACAAUUUUCAAGGUGAAGACAUUUCUGAUCUAGUGAGAGGAAAUGUACAUGGAGGAGUUUCUCAGUGUAAUACAUUAAAUACACAUUCAAGCACAACUGUAACCCAAUUGCUAACGGACCCAUCAAGUUCCAGGGAAAUGCCAGAGAAGGAAGAACUUUCCAUUGUUAAAUCCAAAACAAAAGCAGGGGAGGAAAAUGAAACUUUGCCACAGAAUGAAAAUGUGCAUGCUGAUUAUUUGGCGAGUCAACUGCUUGUUGAUGCAGAGGUGUCUAUUGCAACACCGGAGAUAAGCACAUCUAAAAGCAGCCAAAUUGAGUACAGUGUAGCAAUAGCCACAAUUUCCUCACCAAAGGCAGACAUGUCCACAGAUGAGCAACAAAAGCACUUCAGCUUUCCUCAAGUCAGAGCAGCCCAACAUCCAGACAGCGAUUUAAUUAAGGAGGCUAAAUUAUUAGAAACUGAGGUACAGUUAAAGGUAAAAGUCUUUGCUGCUGAAACGGACAGUGACGGUAGAGAUGAUGAUCGUUAUCCCAGAGAAGAUAAAGAAGUGACGGUUGAAGAUCGAGAAGAAAUUGACAGUUUCAACACUUUUCAAGGUGAAGACAUGGCUGAUCUAGUCAGAGGAAAUGUACAUGGAGGAUUCUCUCAGUUUAUUACAUUAAAUGCACAUUCAAGCACAACUGUAACCCAAUUGCUAACGGACCCAUCAAGUUCCAGGGAAAUGCCAGAGAAGGAAGACGAAGAAAAUGAAAGUUUGCCACAGAAUGAAAAUGUACGCGCUGAUUAUGUGGUGAGUGGACCACUCGUAGAUGCAGAGGUGUCCAUUGUGGCACCGGAGACAAGCACAUCUGAAAGUAGCCUUCAUAAAGACGCAGAAAUUGAGUACAGUGUCGCGAAAGCCACAAUUUCCUCACCAAAAGCAGAAAUGUCCACAGACGAACAACAUGAGCACUUUGAUGUUUCUCAAGUCAGAGAUGCUCAGUAUCCAGACUCCAUGUCAAUUAAACACCUUAAGGCUUUAGAAACAGGCCAAAAUGAAGACAGCGAAACUUUGAGCCCAGCUAGGAACAGGAGAAAACUGGGAUCUAGUCGACGGAAUAAAGGGAGUCACGUGAAGGUCUUUGCUGCUGAGACAUACAAUGAAUCUGCAGAUGAUGCUGAUGGAAACAACAGAGAUAAAAAGGAUCGCCAAGAAACUAAAGACAUAACGUUUAGAAAAGAAACCGCUGAAAUGCAAAACACUAAAAGAAAUAGGCUUACUAACGAUACCAACAUUGAGUGCGGGCCAACAAAAGACCUAAUUUCUUUACCAAAAAAGGAAAUGGAGGAACAAUGUGAGCAUUUCAACAUUUCUGGAGGAUAUAGUACUCAACAUUUGGAGAACAAUAUCAAUAAAAUGCUUAAACAAAAGGUCAAACCCGUGGAAGUGGCAGCAGAGAGCGCAGGACGGCAAGCAUCACAGGAACACAUGAAGCCAAUAUUCAAAGCCACUGAGAAAAUAGAAGUUGAAGUUGUGAAAAGACUAAGCGCUCAAGAGGAAGACUCAAUUUCUCCAAACUCAGACAAACAUGGAGUUGCCUCUUCUCAAGGGGAACUAUCGGACACGUUGUGUAUCUUCAAUGAACAAACCAAUGUUUACUCUAAAUCCAGCUUGAAUGUACGAGACUCAGAAGAAACCUUCCAGGUAAAAAACAUAGAGGCUGUAUCUUUAAAGGAAGACUCACUGGAAAGUCUUCUACAAGCAAAGAAGGUUGCCCAGGAAAAACCUGUGGAGGAAAUAAGGGAUAGUUCCGAACAAAUAGGACUGAUGAAUGUGUCUUUGACUUCUACUAAGAAGAGAAAGAUGAGCUCUACUCACAGGUCUCAUAUCAACACGCAACGAGAGGCAGAAAUGGACGGAGAACACGAUAGGAGAGCCCUGGAAAAUGUGGAAGUGAUAGAGGACGCAGCACAGGCUGGAGCAUUGCAUGAAGAAGAGCAGGAAUUCACCAGGGUCGAGGCUGACCCGGAGCUUCACAACAGUAGCAGAGAAAGUAACCCCAUGAUACCCGCCACCCAUGAUGUCAUGACUGCCUUUUCAGAGCAGCUUUCCUCCCGGGGUGCUAAUCUUUUUACUUCCCAGGGAGCUGAUGUGACGGGAAGUGACAGAGACGUGGUGGUCGGCAUGGAGACAUUUGAACCUGAUUAUGUUCCCGUCUCUGAGGUCCACGUGAUAAGCUCUGUGGACACAGAGCGUAAGAAAAAACAGCAGCUGCUUUCAGAUGGCGAAUCUUUGUGUACGGCCACAAUUGUCAAUGUAAUGCGAGGCCAAGUUGCAACUCGGCUACCUGGUGAAGAGCAGAUGGGCGCGCUAUCAAAUAUACAAGGGAUAAUAACAGAGAGUGACGGAGCCCCUGAUAAAAACUUGAAGAGUCCCAGUUUGAACUCGACAAAUAAAAAAAGAAAGAUGGGUUCCACGCGCAGAAAUCUAGGAACCAUGUCAAAGGGGGACUUGGAGCUAAAGUUGGAUCCGAGUAAAGAGGUAGCGCUUGCAGCUCAUGUGCAAAAUGUUAUGACAGAACAUGGCUGUCAAAGCAGAGAGAAAGAGUCAAAGCCUGAUAGUUCGGGUUCUGAACCAACUAAAGAAAACACUGGUGAUUCUCCAAGCACAGCGCCGGCUCAUCAGACGGGCAAAGAAAAUCGAACUUCAGACUGUCAUCUGGUUCGACGUGACAUCUUGGAAAAACGCUCGACCUCGUCCAAACUUGAUGUGCUCUCAGAAUUUGAACUCGCGGGGAGAAAGCGCAAACUGGGAUCUCACAGGAAGUCCCGAGUGCAACAAACUCAUGCUAAUCAAAGUGAAGACGACAACAUGAUACAAACACAACCUGAGACAAGCACACACCAACACGCUGAUGACGCCUUUCAGGGACCUGAAGAAUUACAGAGCAAUGAAGGUGAUACCGAACCAUCAUCCAACAUCAUUUCAAAGUCUGUGAGAAACAAGACGUCUGCGGAAGUGACGCCAUCCCGAGCCCAUCAGGAUCGAGUCCACCUGGGGCAAGACACUCAGAAUGUUUCUUUUGGUAAGCCAUCUGACUUGAAAGCAAACCCCUAUAAUGUGGUCAUGGUUGGAGACAGCAGCGUAGGCAAGACCUCCUUCAUGAAGCGAGCACAAAAUGGGAAAUUCUUUCCGGAUUUGCCCGCCUCGGCUGGCCUUGAUACAUGCUUGUGGACUGUGAUCGUGGAUGGCAAACCUGUGGAACUCCAGCUGUGGGAUACAGCAGGUCAAGAAAGGUUUCGCAGUAUCACCAAUCAGAUAUUCCAUAGAGCGCAUGCAUUUCUCCUGAUGUACGACAUCGCUUCCUCUCAAAGCUUCACCGCCGUCCACUACUGGGCAAGCUGCAUUCAGGAAGGGGCCAUGGAAAACAUUCCCAUUUUACUUCUGGGAAACAAAAGUGAUUGCACGGAGCGUACUGUUACAACUGAAGAGGGUCAGAAUCUUGCAAAGGAGUUCAAUAUAGACUUCAUGGAGUGCAGCGCUGUCACCGGCGACAACGUGAUUCAGUCUUUGGAAGCAGUUGCCAGGUUGUUGAGUCAGAAAGAUGACAGAAGACAGGAAACGCUGGCAUUACAUAAAGAACCUCCAAAGAAGAAAUCAGGAUGUUGUUGAACCGAGGAGGAAGUAGUGGUGCAGUACUGUAGUGUGUUAUCACGGAGCAUCUGGGGAGGAAUUUAUUUAGCUCAAAAAAAGAAGAAAAAAAACAUCUGGUCACAAUAUUAGGUACACAUGCACAAUCUAAUGAGCUCUCAAUACAAUAACUUUAAUUACAAUAUCCGCUUCUACCAAGUUCCAUGUAACUAGAAAUGCAUGGUGGUAGAUGACCAGAUGAUGUUGUAUGGAUCUCGUAACAGCUAUAGUACAGUAUAGUUGCUCCGAGUGGAGAAAUUGAUAUAUCAUUUUUUUCCCCAAUAUUUGUAAGGGAAAAAAAGUGGUCAAAAUCGAUCUCAAAUAGCGUUACAAACACACAGUAGUAGUAAAACUAUGCCAAAGGACUAUAAAUCAAAUAGUGUUGUAUACUUAAUUGGCAACUCUAAAUUGCCCGUAGGUGUGAAUGUGAGUGCAAAUGGUUGUAUGUUUAUAUGUGCCCUGCGAUUGGCUGGCAACCAGUUCAGGGUGGACCCCGCCUCCUGCCCGAUGAUAGCUGGGAUAGGCUCCAGCACGCCCGCGACCCCAGUGAGGAGAAGCGGCUCAGAAAAUGGAUGGAUGUCGUAUACUGUUGUGAUUGACAAGAGUAAUACUUAACGUUUAAUAGGUUGUAAAUGUAUUACAAUGCUGUGAAAUGUAACGUUUACUUUUAGGUAAUCAAAGUGUUGUCAGAUGCUGGUCAAUUCAUAAUUUGACUGACAAACAACACAAACAGCUGCGUAAAUUGUUUUACUUGCAUUGUGAAACGCUGCUUAAUAAAGCUCCAGACGACAAACA